AUGUUUGGGAUUCAGGAAAGCAUCCAGCGGAGUGGGAGCAGCAUGAAGGAGGAGCCCCUCGGCGCGGGGAUGAACGCGGUGCGGACGUGGAUGCAGGGAGCCGGCGUCCUGGACGCCAGCACGGCCGCUCAGAGGAAUGACUUUUUCUUAAAUAAUAAUCAUAAUAGUAAAGGAAGCGGCGAGUUUCGCUAG